UCAAAGUUCACCUUCUGCAAUAAACAGUGCUUUCAGAUGAGAUACACACCCUGAAAAGUAAUAUUUCAAACUCUGACUAAAGCUUUGGUAGUUAAAUGUAGCCUGUGCAUGAGUGGGGUUGCAGUCUGCAAAAAUUCAUGAGAUGGAAAAGUUUUGACAAAAUGUCUCAAGGCUUGACAGAGGUUCAGAAUGAGUGGAAAUGUCUGGAAGAAGACUAUCAAAAGACUCAGGGGGCGCACAAAACGUACUUACAAAAACUGGAUGAAAUUUCCAAACUACAAAAUGAGUGCUCUUCCUCCAUUUCUCUUCAGCGCAAAAGACUAAAAGAGAUGUCUCACUUACUCAACACAUCAAAUCAGGGAUUAUCAGAGCAAGAUGCUAAGACCCUGGAGAAGAUAAAAGAAGAAAUCAAGAUAAGAACCAACAUUUUUGCUGAAAUGGAAGCUUUUCUUCCCAAGAACAAUGGCCUCUAUCUCAGUCUUGUCCUUGGAAAUGUAAAUGUCACUCUUCUCAGCAAGCAGUCAAAAUUUAGCUACAAAGAUGACUAUGAGGAGUUCAAGCUGUGCCUCGCAAUGAUACUGCUGCUGUUGUCCUUCAUGUGCUAUUUCUUUGUGAGCUAUAGAUUUCUUGAUGCCAUCCUCAAUUUCUUGCUGGUCUGGUACUAUUGCACAUUAACUAUCAGAGAAAGUAUCCUUAUCGCCAACGGCUCCAGAAUCAAAGGCUGGUGGGUUUUCCAUCACUACAUCGCAGCUUUUUUGUCUGGCGUAAUGCUGACAUGGCCAGAUGGGAACCUGUACCAGAUAUUCAGAAACCAGUUCCUUGCCUACUCUCUGUAUCAAAGUUUUGUUCAGAGUCUGCAGUACUAUUAUCAGAGUGGAUGUCUGUACAGACUACGAACUCUUGGAGAAAGACACAACAUGGAUUUGACUGUGGAGGGAUUUCAGUCCUGGAUGUGGAAAGGGCUGAGUUUUCUCUUGCCCUUCCUGUUUUUCGGUCAUUUCUGGCAGCUCUUCAAUGGCCUCUCACUCUUCAGAAUGUCACAGCUCCCGGAGUGUAAAGAAUGGCAGGUCUUGGUGUGUGGUCUCUGUUUCCUCAUUCUGUUCAUGGGGAACUUCUUCACCACUGUUGCUGUUGUGCGUCAUAAGCUCAAGACCAAGGGUCAGAAAGCAAAGGCAUUGUGACAUGCAAUAUUUUCUUAAAAAGUAGAGCUGAAAGUUCAGCUACAAUUUCCCAAAAGGUACAUCUGAGAUGCAAGCCUAC